AUGGAAGCUUAUAAGGCCGCAUUAAAAAAUUCGGCAUUUUGCGGCCCAGAAGUGAUGCAAAACGGAAUAGAGAAAAGAGAAGUUGGAAAAAUAGAACAUGUUGUGGAAAAUUUCAGGAGGAAAAGGCGAUGUAAAAGUAUAUCUGCACAAUCUAUUAAUGAAAUUUCAGAUCUUGAGAAUUUGGAUAGCAUUGAUGGCAUCUACAGCCCUUCUGGAUUAGGCAAAACAACAUCGAUAGUAUUCAGUCUUAAAGAUCAAGUGGGAUGUCUGGCGAACGCACUCAAGAUUUUUCAGGAACACCAUAUCAAUGUUGUUCAUAUAGAAUCCAGGAAGUCAAGGCGUUGUGAUUCUAUGUAUGAUAUUUAUAUGGAUAUAGAGACGGAUAACAUCCGACUGGAAGAAUUAAUCAAGCGACUUAAGAAAGAGGUCAACAGUAUAUCUUACAACGAUCUUCCAAUACCACCAUCACCGGCUACCGCUUCACGAAUUACUUAUUUAGAUGAUGAACUACAGAAUAUACCGUGGUUUCCUAGAAAAGUAUCUGACUUAGAUAAGUCUGCGAACAGAGUAUUGAUGUAUGGGUCAGAACUUGAUGCUGAUCAUCCGGGAUUCAAAGACAAGGUUUAUAGAUUAAGGAGAAAAAUAUUUGCAGAUAUUGCUUUCAAGUACAAAUACGGAGAACCUAUACCUAGAAUAGAUUAUACUGAAGAAGAGGUUACAACAUGGGGAACUGUUUUCACAGAGCUGAUGAAGCUUUAUCCUUCACAUGCAUGUCGAGAAUAUUUAAGAAAUAUUCCUCAGCUUACUGAAUUUUGCGGAUAUAGGAAAGAUAAUGUGCCACAGCUGGAGGAUGUAUCCGAAUUUUUAAAAGAGAAAACAGGAUUUCAACUUCGUCCUGUUGCUGGGUACCUGUCAUCACGUGACUUCCUAGCUGGUUUGGCUUUCCGAGUGUUUCAUUGUACACAGUAUAUAAGACAUAGUUCAGAUCCCUUAUAUACACCUGAACCUGAUUGUUGCCACGAAUUACUUGGACACAUGCCACUAUUAGCGGAUCCUAGCUUUGCACAGUUUUCGCAAGAAUUGGGACUGGCGUCACUUGGUGCUAGUGACGAAGCAGUACAGAAAUUAGCUACACUUUACUUCUUUACUAUUGAAUUUGGAUUAUGUAAACAAGACGGGCUUAUGCGUGUAUACGGUGCUGGACUUCUCUCUUCUAUUGGAGAACUUAAGCAUGCAUUAACGGACAAGUCCAGGAAAAUACCAUUUGAACCAGUUAGAACAUCUAAACAGGAAUGUCUUAUAACCACUUACCAAGAUGUAUACUUUUAUACCGAAAGCUUCGAGGAGGCAAAGGACCGUAUGAGACAAUAUGCUUGUACUAUUAAAAGACCAUUUGCUGUCCGAUAUAACCCAUACACACAAACUGUUGACGUACUUAACAACACUCGUUGUAUUGCCAAUGCUGUUAGUGAAUUACGUGGCGAUUUGUGCAUAGUAAGUGAUGCACUUAGACGUUUACAACAGAUAGAAAUAGAGGAAGAGGAAGAGUUAGAGGCAGAAAGAGAAGCAGAAGCACCGAGAACUCCGAGGCAAAUCAAAUCGAAUUAAAAAAUAAGAAUGCCGAGCAAUUUAUAUCAAAAAGAGUUCCUCUUAGGACAUAUAUACGCGAAGAUGUAUCACGCAAAAAAGAUUUCUCAUCUAUGUAUUGACUUAGAACUAAUAGUAUAGAUAUGAACUCAUAACUCAUGCCAAAAGCAUGUAAGAUAUAUAAGCAUUCUACUUGGGAAACAACUGACGAUAUAGCCCGAAGGUAUGAAUUCAUAGGUUAUUGAACACUUAUUUCAUGUUAGAUUUUACUUAUAAUCUACUUCAUCAUGUAUUAACAUCAAUAAAAUA